ACUUUUCAGAAUAUACGUAUAAUAUGUUUCUCUGCCAUAACACGACAGUUACAUCUAAAUUGGCAGAGGCAAAGUAAGCUGAGUGUCGGUCAGCUGUGACCUGUGUACCGGUACCGACUGUGUAGCCAAAUACCUUUCACAGACGCAGUUUACGCCUCCCAAUGUAGGCCAAGCACUUGACUGCCAAUGCCAAUGGACAUGACAGGCUCCGGGAUCGGGAUGCACCGCAGAGUGCAAUGCAACAACAACAACAACUGCUCUUGAAAUGGCUAUUAAAAAAUUUAAACCUGUUUCAGCAGGAUGCUUCGAAUAAUUGUGAGCACGCUCCUGGUCUGCACCAUCUUCAGCGGAUGUCUUGCAGCUCCACUCACAGGGUCCGAGGACCAAGAGCCAUUCAGCCUUCUUGUCUCGGUGUCUCUGUCACUUGCUUCAUUUCUGUGCCUGGUCUUGGCAGUGGUUGGGUGUGCCUGCUGUUGCGGAAAGACAAGUAUUCUGAAAUAUGAGGAGUCUGUAGAGUAUGAUGAAAGACACAACACCAACCAGAGCCACACCAACGAUGCUUUUGCUGACUUCAGUCCACCCACACAGAGCACACCUUCCUUCCCACCUGGUGGGGUAUCAGAGACGGUCAGUAUCGAGGCCUUGCCUGACCUGUCAUCCAGACUGCAGACCAGCCAUGGAUUACCACAGGUGAGCACAGCACUUAAUGACACAGGCCAACAGGAUGGGGAUCUUAAACACCUGAAGUCACCUAGGUUUGUCUUCCCGAGAGAUCAACUCAACUAUGUGGAUGAGCUUGGCAAUGGAUGGUUUGGCAAGGUAUUGCAAGGUGAAGCACAUAGGUUACACCCAGGGAUGCGUAAGACACGUGUUGUCAUCAAGCAACUCAGAGACACAGCUAGUCCAGAAGAACAACUCCUUUUCCUCCAAGAAGUACAACCAUAUAGGGAAGUAAACCAUCCCAAUGUCUUAAUGCUGCUUGGUCAGUGCAUUGAAAGCAUACCUCUUCUACUUGUCUUGGAGUAUGCACCUUACGGAGACUUGAAGAACUAUUUACGCAAGAAUCGAGGCAUGGUGGCAGAGAUGGCCCAGAAGGAUGUCCAGCUACGUAUGGCUCAUGAUAUCAUCUCAGGGUUACUCUGGCUUCAUCAAGCCGACUUCGUUCAUAUUGAUUUAGCAGCAAGAAACUGCCAAGUUUGUUCAGAUACAUCUGUCAAGAUCGGUGAUUACGGACUGGCUCUAGAAAAAUAUCCUGAGGAUUAUUAUAUCACCAAAGACGAGUGCCAUGCAGUGCCUAUCCGAUGGCUUGGCCCGGAGGUCAUUGAGAUCAGAGGCCAAGAUAUCAAACCCAAGAAAAUCACCAAGCAAUCAAAUAUCUGGUCCUUUGGUGUGAUAAUGCUGGAGCUGUCUACGGCAGCAGACCGACCCUACCCUAACCUGAGCGAUGAACAAGUCUUGAAGCAGGUCGUGAUGGAUCAAGAUAUCAAACUAGAUAAACCAAAACUGGACCUCAAGUAUGCUGACAGAUGGUUUGAGAUCAUGAUGUUCUGUUGGAUGGACGGUGACACCAGACCUACAGUCAAAGAAGUCCAUGAGCUGCUCACCCACCUUAAAAAGAAUGUAGAUAGAGUUCAGAUGGAAGACUUUGAGACAAAAUGGAACGCGCUCAAGCCUGCCGUGGCCAACCAGAGUUCAUCGGAAUGCAGCGAGGCUUCCCAGGAGACUCCCCAACAGGAUUUAUCGGUUGAGAUUGGUCGUGGUGAUCCUCUCUCCAUUGGCAUGCCUAAAGGGGAUCCCUUGUCAUCAGUCAGUGAUGUGUCUCAGAAGCAGGCACAACAGACAGUCAGCGUGGAUGUGACUGUCCCAUCGCUUGGCCAAACUGGCCAGGAAGAUCAGCUGAUUGAAGACCUUGCCAAAGGAGCUAAAAAGAGUCAACCUUUUGAAGUUACAUUUGAUGAGCCGGAAGAACCGGCACCCAGGAACGUGCAGGAAACCGAAACUGUUUCUGAACUUAUACCAAGCAUAGCAACACCGCAAGCUAACACGGCACCUCCUGCAGGAGGGAACAUGUCUCAUGAACUAAGCUUUGAGGAUGCCUUUGACACUCCUACUCCUACACCACAAGGAGAUAAACAGUCCUCAAGUCAGUCCUUUGGACUGGAUGACAGUGUCCAAAAUGCUGAUGUGACACCAAAGACCCCCGACUUCUUUUCUUCGGAGGAUGUCAACCCUGUUGAAGCCAGUACUCCCUUUCCCCCAACGCAAGAACCCAAUAUGCAAGUUUCUAUUGAUACCAGUUUGUCAACUGGAGGGUACGAUACGGCCGUUAGCAAUCUCCUAGAGGCCAAUGAUAGCACAGUCACGUUCACCGAGUCUUUCAACACCAUGUCAAGUAACCCUUUCAGUAGCGGCACUUCCUCAUCAGAACCAGGUGGGUUUGUGUCAGCGGUCGAGUCCGCAGGCGACAAAUCCUUGGAAGACAGUCAGGAUUAUGGGAACAACGGGUUUGGGGAGUUUGAGAGUUCCAUGCUCUCAUAUGGGACACCAUCGGAAGGUGGCAUGUCCUCUGUCCUGGAGACACCCACACCUGGUGGAUGGGACAAAGGAUCCUCAGACUUGUUUGGUGAUCUCUCUCAACCUUCAAAUCCAUUUGAUAGCUCAUCGGCGUCUGUCAGUUUUGGUGUCAAUGUGGACAGUCCGGCAGUGAAGGAUAUUUCUUUUGAGCAGAUGGCACAGAAUGGGGAGGAAAAGAAAGACCUGCAGAGCUUUGGUGCUAUAAGAUUGACAGAGCAUGAAAAAGACUCCACCGAUACCCCUCCCGUGGCUGAGCACGAUAUGACACCCCAAGGCUACGCAGAGGUCAGCACUGCUGCAAAGAAACCUUUCAGUAUGACCAUGCUGACCGUCACAUCAGGGAAGAAGAAGAAAUCCAUCGAGAUCCACAAAGAGGAUGAUGAGGAUGAAGAUGGAAAGGAUGCCGGGGACGCUGCAUCCCGUGUUACCGUGAUGACCAACGGCUCAAGCAAGAUGGCUAAAGACGAGGUCGUCUCUUCGGCAGCACCUCCUGAUUCCAGCGCAGGAACUAACCUCCUGGAUUUUGAUAUCUCCGGAUCCGGUCUAGAUCAAGGACCUGGACUAGCCCCUGGUCUCACAGCAGGAUUUGGUACCAUAGAACUGCAGGUGAGCAAGGAUGGUGAGGAGGCAGUGGUUGUCCCACCGCAGAGCCCGGAGUCUUUGGUCGAGUUUGGCUCCUUCGAGGAUGUCAGCAAAGAAUCAUAAAACAUCUUUAUAGACAGUGUCUUUCUUUCAAAAACCAAAUUGUACAUUAAGCAUAUAGUAUAUCAUACAGUGAAAUGUCAACAAGAGAUUUAUAUAUACAAAGGUUAGAAUAAUAUUGUAUAAUAUUGUCAUUAGUGGUUACAGUACAUCAAAUUGAUAUGUAGAAGUACAUGGCAGUACUGGUAGCUGAAGAGUAUUGUCAUUUUUUGUGUUGUUUAUUCUUAUAUAGUUUAUUAUUUGACAAAAGAAAGGUUGAAAGGUUUCCAUUUGCACACAUGAUUUGGUAGACAUUGUAUUCUUAAGAGAGAGAGAAAAGAUUCAUGCCAACAGUUCAGUAGCUAUUUGAAAAUGCUUGUUAAUAUUGUAUUCAUUUCUUAAAGUACGUAUUCACCCACAUCAAAUUUUAUAUCUUUCAGUGAACAUUUUCAUCUUCUAGAGAGAAAUUUGGAAAUUCUGUGUUUCAAUGAUAACAUGCAUUUUAAUAGAGGAAGAUUCAAAAUCUGUAGAUGAUAGAUAUACAGAAUUUGUAGGGUAUGACAAAUUUAUCUGAAAAUUGUUCAGGAAAAGAAAGAGUGCAUCAUUAAUAAAAAUGGAGACUCAUUUAAAGAUUUUUUUGGGUACAUAUUUACGUUAAUGGUUAACAUGGUUGUGCAAUUGAGAAAGAUUGUAAUGUACUCCCACCAAUAUUUUUAUUCAAAAUGACAAAAUAUAAAUAUACUAAAUUCAGGUCGUUUAUGUGAUUAUUUUUGCAUGUUUUCUUUGUGUGAUAUUAUAGUUUGUAAAUUGACAAAGACUAAGAGAUUCUCUCUGAAGCCAAGCCAGUACUUUUUAGCAAAGCUGCAGCUAAUUAAACUCACUUUUAUUAUAAUUGUUAUAUAAGCACUCAUUUUCUGUUAAAUUCUACCUCUGCCAUCCUCUAGUACUCUGAAUUAAAGUGAAAUAUAAUUAUCAACCAAACUUAAAAUGUAUUCACUUGCAAAGAAUCUAUUUCAUAAUAUUCAUGUGGAGGGUUGUGGCCCAGUGGCUUAGUCUCUGGACUUUGAAAAAAAAGGGUUGUGGGUUCGAACUGCACCCAUGGUGUAAUUCCUUCAGCAAGAAAUUGAUCCACAUUGUGGCACACUAAACCCUGGGGAGGUGAAUGGAUAGCUGUCAGGAUUUUUCCAUGAAUGCACCGAGCGCUGCUGAAAAGUGGUAGCUCAAGCUAAAGCCGGGGUGAUUAUAAUUGCACUUCGUAUCCUUUGGCAAAAAGCGCUAUAUCAAUCACGCUAUUUUAAAUAUUAUUACUUAUUGCAUGAAAGAUCUAUUUAAAUUGACAGUACUAACAGUUUAUUCAAUUUACCUGUAUUCUAAUGUUGUAUUCAUGAUCUAACAUUCAUUAGGUCAGCCAGUCUAUUGAUAGUUUCCUUCCAAUUUAUAGCCUAUUAUGAUAUUAAUAGCCUUAAAAAAAUAAUGAUAACUAAUGCAAUUGAGGGACUUCAGAAGAUAUUGCUAUGAUUGUUUUGAAGAAUCAAGUUUUCAAUUCUUCGAAUGAGGAAGGAUGCAGUUGGAAUAUAUAUAGUGGUAGUCUGUGAUAUUUCUUAAAAGUAUAAUUCACAUUUAUAAUCGAUGCUUUUGCCAUGAUCAACAAGAACUGCUUUUGAUUUAUAAUUAAUAUAGACUUGUAACUUCUACCUGUUCGCAAUGUUACAAAUUAGAUUACUCCAAUUGGCGUGUGGCUAUCUGCCAUCUCGAUAAAUACAAAAAUUAUUAUAUCAGUACCUCAUGGAAUAAAAUGUAAAAGUCUUUGAGGUUGUUUAGGGGAAAUGUUUCCUUUAGUAAUAAAAAUGCAUCGAAAAUUACACUAAUUCUUUACAAAACAUUAAUUUCCCUUGAAAAAGACACAUUUCAUCAUUUUUCAUUUCAACUGUCAUCAACUAUUUGAGGAGAAUACUAUUGUCAUCCUUUAAAUGUAAACUUUAUGAUAAAUUAACAAAGAAUAUGUAAUAAUGAAAAGAUAUCUGUCUGACAAUUAUAAGCAUCAAAGAAAUAAAUUGUGGUUUCCUUUAUUUAAAGCUUAAACAUUGCAACCUGUAAUAACUUAAUUAUCUGUGUAGUAUGUGACACACUUUGCCAAAAAGCACUUUAAAUACCCUAUACUAGUUCCUUUUGUUAAUCAUCAAAGUCUUGCCUGUAAAAUCUUCUUUAUUUUUCUUCCUCUUUUUUUUUUGCCAAUCAUACUAAUUCUGUCUUGGUCAUGCCUUAUGUUCUUUGCAAUGUAGCCAGUUUUGCCAUUAUAUAUCCUUCACUGACAUACAUGUGUGUAGGCAUGGGUACUGCAUUCCAUAUUGGUUUAACUGCAAUAGUUAAUGAGGGGUUGGUACUAUGUAUCCAAAUUACAAAUUAACAACAAAUAGUCAAGACAAUCAUGUAAUAAUGUGAAUUCUAAUUUAUAAGGUAAUUUGAUAAUCAAUUUCAAUUUCAUAUAUUUACAGGGAUAUUUGGACAUUAUUGAAUGAAUUGCUCUCCCCCAUGUAAUUUGGAUGGUUUUCUUUGUUGCCCUUGCAAGUAUUUAUUCUGAAUUAUAUGAUUUUUCUUCAAACAUAUUGUUAAACUGAAAUUAAGUCCAUGGAAUUGUAUGUAAAACACCCUCAUUUUGUAUUUUAUGUAUCUUGUCAAAUGGAGGAGAUUUAGUACUUGAUUUGUAGUUCAAUUAAAACGAUAUUGAUAGACUUGUUCUUUUUGAAUAAUUAAAAUACAAAUAUACAAUAGAUACCGGGCAUCUAGUAGUUAGUAUUCUAAGUUGUAUAAUAGUGAGACUGAUGUUUAUGUAGCGAUGAAAAGAAGGCAAUUUUUGCAGACUAAUCCUGGCCUAGCAAGGCUCUAAGCUUUAUUACUUUAAUAUUUCAAGAAUGUGUCUUAAUUUGUUUGGUAAAAGUGACCUUUAUUACAAUAUUUUUGAGUAACGUUUUAUUAUAAAGACAUAACUAUUUUUUCUUCAAAUGUAGAUUUUGUACACGUUUGUAUAAAGUUAAAAUUUGCUAAUGAUAUUGUUUGCAUGUACAGUUAUAAACAUUAAACAAGAUCUUGUGAUCAUUACUACUUGCUAUUUUGUAAGAAGGCUCUACUAGUACUUAUCUCAUCUUCAUUGUUAUGAAGACCCUUGUUUUCUUCUUUAGGGAGCAUUCAUGUAGUGAUUUUUUUUUCAAUUGUUUGUACAGACAGCUUUUAUAAGCUACUGAAAUGCUUUUAUCUCAUUGGUUAAAUAGACAUUUGUCAAGUAAAUCAAUUGAUGAAACACUUCAUUGAACACUUUCUGGAAAGCAGACAGUGAAUAAAUUGUAUGAAAUUUAAGAUCAAAUCUCAAUUCAGUAUAUUUACAUGUAUAUAUGAAAAAUUUCAUUGCAGAGAUAUGAUAAAAAAAUCAAUAUAAUUUUGUAGAUCUAUAUUAUAGCCUGAAUUCACAGAAGAGGUUUGAACCCAUGUCUUAUUUUCUGUGUGCACACACAUGGGCAAUAUGCACUACUGCACUUACAGUAUAUAUUAUUGUGAACUGUCAACAUGUACAUGUAUGUCUGAUCUAAUGCAAGAAGCCCCCAGUGUGCAUGUGCCUUACCACUUUUGCUUUGGCAUUUUAUUUUUGCCACAUAAAAGUUCAGAAAAUUCAAAAAGAUUCUUAAAAAGCAGAGCAUUUGAGCUCUUAUCUGAUGAUGAGUGAAUGGCAAGCAUGUGCACUUAUUUACGUUGAUUGUAUGUGUGUAUAUGAAAAACCAGGGUGGGAGCAGCUUUGAACAUCUUCUGCAUAUGUAUGCAUGGAGUUUAUACCUCUUUUGUAAAUUCAGUGUAAUAUGAAGAAAAAAAAUUGUCAAUGUCAUAUUGCUAUUUUUGCUAUGAAAAGUGUGAUAUAUUAUUUCUAAUCAACUCUUACAUGUAAAUUUGCUGUGGAUUAAUGAUUAAAUUUUGUGUAGAAUGUUUAGUACAGACAAUGUUUUUUUUAAUGUAUUUGAUCCCCUUGCUAUAUGAGAGAGGUGUAUUUUAGCUUUUGAAUAAGUUUACAUCCAGAAUUGUUUUGAUUGAAAAAUGGAAGAUGUGCUUCUAUGAUCGCCAAGGGGAUUUCGGAUUUGAAAUUUGAUUUAUUCAUGGUUGAGAUACAUUUGUAUCGAAUCUAAAAUGUGAAAAUAAAAACAUAGUGUAAUUUCAAUGCUAAUAAGAUGUAAUUGAAAAUAGAUUCUAGUUGUAUUUAUAAGAGAAUGGAUGAAUUCAUUGAAUUUGAAGAAUUUGGCCUAUUAUUUUUACAGAAUUUGGCCUAUUAUUUUUACAGUGUCACUUUUACGACAAAGGGUUAGACUUAGAUAAUUGAAUUAGAUUAUCAUCUUUGAGCUCACUGAGUUUAAUUUCACAAAUAGCAAACUUGAAUUCAUAUGUAUUACUUCCAGUGAUAUGAUGAUUUAGACAAAAAAUGGAAAAUACUUUUUUUCUUUUAAGAUAUUAAACAACAGUACUUUGCUAUGCAUGAAAUAAUUAUAGUGCUAGGUUUAGUAUGUGUUGAGAUGGUUAGAUUUGUAUAUUGAUUCAUUUUCAUGGUUUUAUGAGGAAGGACACACUGUCCUUAACUAUUAUAUUACAUCUUUGUACUUGACUAUUUUUUAGGAGAGAUUCUCAUGAAAAAAAUAGUUUGUGAUUGUCACUUACUAUAUGUUAUAAGCUACUGAAGUCCUUGCAUCUGAUUGGCUGAGAGCAAAUUUGUCAGUAAAAAUCAUCUACAAGAUGCUUCAUGAAACACUCACCUGAAAAUAACAAUCCAAAAUUGUGUACAGCUAGUAUAUGUUUUAUUUUAUUGCUUAACCUAUAUUCCUACAGUCAAGAAAUAUGAGUUUUUUAAUUAAUUAUCGAGCUACUGGUAAUUAUAUCGAUAGAGGAAGUAAUUGUGCUUGACUCUUUCUCAUUUUGAUUGAUAGUGUCAUUACUGUCAUCAAAGAAAUAUGAACGAAACUAUACUAUGAAAAGCAUUUUGAUAACCAAUGCUGUUCAAUCCGAAAUUUUCAUGGUGGCUUUACCUUACCAAGUUUGUGUGAAAUAUUGGCAUGUACAGUAGUAAUAAUAUGUUAUGAAUGAUUACAAUUUCAAAAAUCAAUUUUUAAUGGACAAAUCGGAUUUGUUAGCCCAUUUCUAAUAACUUUUAAUAAUUUAUCAUGUAGGGUUACUUAAUUAUCUGAAAUGGCUAAAUCAAAGGUUUUUUUACUUUAUGAUAAGGUUGGUAUUUAAUGAUUGUCUUCUGAUUGUCCCCCCCCCCCCAAAAAAAAAAGGGAAAGAUUUAUAACAUAUCAAGAGAAAUCUCUGGUUAUUUUUCUUGUAAAGAAAAUUUAUUAUAUUCAUUUAUAAUUGAUUUAUGAUUUUUUUAUAUGAUGAACUAGCUAUUUGAUAUAUUUCACUCUGGAAUUUGUUUGAAGUUUAUAAUUAUCUGUUUACUCUUGUAGAAGAAUAAAAUACUCUAUCAUCAAAUGUUACAA